AUGUCACAAGGCAAAGGUGCCUUUGACACCUAUGAGAAAUGUGAUUUCGCCGAGAAGAUGGAGUUGGAGGAGCGAGAGCGGAGGAAAGCGCCUAAAGGAGCCUUGUCUCCGGAGAGAGCCAUCGCGCUGCUGUACGUGCUUCUGGCCCUCACCUUUGUGCUCUUCAUGGCUCUCACCAUUGUGAAUCUCCGGAGAGUAUCCGCGGCAUGGGAGGCGUUGGAACAAGCCCAGAUGCGGAGCGAGAACAGCCACACGACGGCGUGGCACAACCUCUCAGAGGUCCAGCGCACCCUCGAUAAACAGCUCUCUGGCGAGCUCAAGACGAUUCACGGCCGACUUCUGAACGUGUCGCAAGAAGUGGGGAAUGUGCGGUGGAAGAUGAGACGGUGCGAAGCGGAGUGCAGGAAUGAGCUGUCGGAUCGCCUCCGCGUCCUGGAGGAGAGGGACACGCUGGAGCUGGUGCUGCAGCAGCUGGCGGAGGUGAAGCAGGAGCAGAGCCAAAUUCUCUGCACGAAGUGUCCCGCCGGCUGGCAGCAGUUCGCCAAAACCUGCUAUUUCUUCUCCACCACCAAGCAACCCUGGCUGGCUGCUAAACAAUCCUGCAACGACUUCAACGCCCAUCUGGCCGUAGUCGACACUGAGCAGGAAAACAAAUUUCUGGCAAAUCACAUCAUGAAGGAUCGGGUGUUCUGGCUGGGCCUGACCGACAUGGACAGUGAAAGCAACUGGCAGUGGGUGAAUGGCCGCUCCCUCUCUCUCUCGUACGUUUUUAGCCUCAUUGGAGGGUUCUGGAACAGCGGUGAACCCAACAACGCGGGCCAGCAGGGCGAGGACUGCGCCACCAUCUACUCCAGCGGCCUCUGGAACGACGUCCUCUGUUCCAGCGCCGAGGCCUGGAUCUGCGAGCGCAGCUGCUGA